AAAAUGGAGCUUGUACUUGGUGCAGUCCUGCUUCUAAGUGGUUACUCUGCAUGUUCUGUUGUUGCUCAAGAGGUGCUCCAUGCUCCUGGGAACCAAACCGUCUUUCUAAACCAGUCAGCAGUGUUCACGUGUGAGACAGAUGGUGGUAUCAGUGGUUGGAGAGUUAAUGGAACUUUUCUGGAUGAGCUUCCACCUGCAAUAGAAAUGGAUUUGGAAAUCAUCGGUGCUAACACUGCAGAAGGGACU